GCGUACUCUCAUUUAGAACAAAGAAACGGGAUAAGUCACUCUGAAAGAUCUACACAAGUUAUGUAAUUUGGACAACUAAAAUGGGAUUGUUCAUCGCAUUCUUUUUAAUUGUGCUUUUUGUAACUUCAAACGCGGGAACUCUGGAAGGUAAAAGUGUCACAAUAUCCUCCAAUAAUAUAUAUCACGACGUGGAAACUGAAAUGGAUGUUUCCGAUCACGGAGGCUUGAACCAACAAGAAACUUUGCAUGAGAAUAAUGAACUAGGGAUUCCAACUUCGCUUCAUAACAGAACUAGGGAUGUGAUAUUGGAAGAAACUGACAGUAUUUUAUAUGACGUUUACGGCGGACAGCCUGAGAUAAUUCUAGAAUCAGAGGAAGAUGGAUUAGAAGUUUCAGAUGACUGGCUCAUCUUAGACGUCGAUGAGGAAGAUGAAUCAUAUCUGAUGAAUAAAUAUGAAGAUUCGUUUGACGAAAAUGAAGAUUCUGUUGAAGAUGUUGGUAAUCAACCAUUUUCUGAUGAAAGUCAGUCUCAAGAUGCACUUGAAUGUGAAGCUAAUAGUCCAGAAAACAAAAAGGGGAAAAACAAAAAAGCAGAAAAAAGGAAGAAAUCUGAAGAAUUUUAUUUUAAACACAAAAAGUACGGUAAAAAGAAAAGCAAAGACAGCAAGCAGACUGAUAAGUGGAAGCGAAACUGCUGCAUAAGAGGUAAAAGAGUUGGCAAUGUUCGGAGAACGUUUUUAGCUGCAAAUCUCUUCCAAGAAUGUAAAGAAAGAACAAAGAAUCUAGCCUCUCGUAUGUCACGGUCUUGCAGAUGGAUAUUCUGGAGUUGCUGCGAAGCAAGGGCUUUGAGACGAUACUACAUUCAUCACAGUUCAAGGAGAAAAGAGAAGUGCUGAGAACUAUGAAACACGUUUGAUGGAUUUAUUGAUGUGUUUUGCAAAAUAAAUUCCCAUCCUUUUUCCCCUUUAUAUUUAUAAGACUUAAUGAAAUAUUACAACUAAAUAAUGUAUAAAAACUACUGCAUGAAGUAAUUAUGAAAACUCUAAGAUUAAUUAGUUCCAUAUAGAUAAGAAAAAGCUAGUUUUACUCUGUCAGUUAUAUUACAAAUUUUAAUGUGCGUGUUGGUCUGUUACCUGGCAUCUGGAAAGCUUGUAGAGCUCUACUGCAUCUACAAGCUUGUGUCAAUGUCUUGCAGACCCUCCUAUAUUUUAAUCCUUCAAGUACUAAGAUAAAAAUGUUACUAAAGUACCUGA